UUGAUAAUAACAAUGAACAGAGGAGCUCCUGCAGACUUGCUCUGACAUAAGAGAUAGAGAGAGCGAGAACAAUGGAAGGAGCUCUUCCUCCUGCUCUAAUGGUUUCCGCGGGCUUCCUGCCCACCGGGUCACUGCUGGACUCGCUGAUUCACAUCUCCAAUGAAGUUUCGUCCAUGGAGAAGUUCCCUUCCGUACAAGUCAGGAAUGUCUCGACCAUGGUACGGAGGAUCAAGCUCUUCUCCUCUCUGUUCGAAGAGAUUCAGGAGUCGAGAAGGAAGCUCCCGCCAUCUUCUAUCCUCUGCCUGACCGAGCUUUUCUCGGUCAUACAGCGGGUGAAGUUGGUGAUCCAGUCGUGCAAGGAUGGGAGCUCCCUGUGGAGCCUCGUGCAGACUGAGCGCAUCUCCAAGCAGUUUUACCUGUUGGUGAAGGAGAUGGGGAGGGCUCUGGAUAUUCUUCCCCUGAGCCUGCUCAGUCUAACAACUGACGUUAGAGAGCAGGUCGAGCUUCUCCACAAGCAAGCGAAACGGGCCGAGCUGGUCAUCGAUGAUCGGGAGCUUCAAAGAAGAAAGGACCUGCUGCAGCUAAUGGCUUCUAACAACGAGAAGAACAGCAAGAACAAAGGCCUCCUUAAUCUUGAAGAACUGAAGGGUAUUCUGAGCAGCAUUGGGUUGAGGAACCCAUUGGACUAUGAAGAAGAGAUCUCAAAGCUCGAGGCAGAAGCGCAGAGACAAGCAGGAACAGGUGGACUAAUCGUGGUCUCAAACAUCAACAAUCUCAUCUCCCUAGUUUCUUAUGCAAAAUCCAUGGUCUUCACGAAUGAGGAGUCUAAGAAAACCAAGGUGAGUUCUGGGCAGCUCACUUCAUCUCUGAACAAGAAUUGUGAUAUUUCCUCCUCUCAAAGUACAGUUCUCAACAUUCCCGAUGAGUUCCGCUGCCCCAUUUCACUCGAUUUGAUGAGGAACCCUGUGAUAGUGUCCUCAGGGCACACCUAUGAUCGAAGCUCGAUUGCCCAGUGGAUCAAUUCGGGGCACCAUACAUGCCCUAAGAGUGGCCAAAGGCUCAUUCACAUGGCGCUCAUACCAAACUAUGCCCUGAAGAGUCUUGUGCAUCAAUGGUGCCAAGAGAACAACAUCCCGCUGAUAGACUAUUAUCCAUCUCCUUCCACUGACACAGAGAGGAGCUCAACUCAGAGCAAUUCCCAAGAGAAUGCGAUAGAUCAUAUUUCAGCUGCAAAGGCAGCGAUGGAUGCAGUGAAAAUGACGGCAGAGUUUUUGGUUGGGAAGCUGGCAACAGGUUCUGUCGAGAUUCAGAGGCAGGCGGCUUACGAGUUGAGGCUAUUAGCUAAGACUGGGAUGGACAAUAGAAGGUUGAUUGCCGAGGCAGGAGCAAUCCCAUUCCUCGUCACCUUGCUGAGCUCUCACGACUCGAGAAUCCAAGAGAAUGCAGUCACGGCCCUUCUCAACCUCUCGAUAUUCGACAACAAUAAGAUUCUGAUUGUGGCUGCCGGAGCAAUGGAGAGCAUCGUGGACGUCCUUGAGACUGGGAAGACAAUGGAGGCAAGAGAGAAUGCUGCAGCUGCGAUCUUUAGCCUGUCGAUGAUCGACGAGUGCAAGGUGAGUAUUGGGGCUCACCCAAGGGCAAUAAAAGCGUUGGUAGGACUUUUAAGAGAAGGGACAACGGCAGGGAAGAGAGAUGCUGCAACCGCUUUAUUCAAUCUAGCAGUUUACAAUGCUAAUAAGGCUUGUAUCGUAAUUGCGGGGGCAGUACCUUUGCUUAUUGAACUUCUCAUGGAUGACAAGGCUGGGAUCACAGAUGAUGCCCUUGCUCUGUUAGCUCUGCUCUUGGGCUGCUCACAGGGGAUGGAAGACACGAGAAAAAGUCGGGUUCUCUUGCCUUUGCUGAUUGAUCUUCUGAGGUUUGGAUCUCCGAAAGGGAAGGAAAAUGCCAUUACCCUUCUUCUCGGGCUAUGCAAAGAUGGAGGAGAAGAGGUUGCGAGGCGAUUGCUGAUGAACCCAAGAAGCAUUCCUUCGCUUCAGAGUUUGGCCAGUGAUGGGUCCCUCAAAGCUCGGAGGAAGGCUGAUGCACUGCUUAGACUGCUCAACAGAUGCUGCUCUCAUUCGCGAAGCCCUGCCACAUAGGUCUAAUCUGAUCAUUUGAGGAACAAAGAAGUAAAUGUAAAUGUGUUGAUAUUACAUAAAGUA